AUGGAUGAACGAGCUACGGAGCUAUUAGCUGCCCUGCGCAACACCUCCCUCUCCGUUGAUGCAAAGAUAGCAUCGCUGACCAAGCUUAAGUCGGAAAUCAAACAGAAGAAUGUUCCCACGUCCGCUGCCGGGGAUAUAUUCGAUGCCAUUCGCCUGGCUAUUGCGUCACAGCAUGCGUCCCUCUCCGCUGGUGGUUUCUCCGCGCUUGGUCACCUGCUGAAGCGACUCUAUCUCCAAGAACAGAAUGGCCUGAUCGCCAGCCAGGGACGACAUACGUACUCGCUGCUGCUUGAGAAACUCGGCGAUCACAAGGAGCGUGUACGGGCUCACGCAUCUCAGGCGUUUGUGGACUUUUGGCAGUCGGCUCCCACGGAGGUUGAGCACCAUGUUCUAGAGGUCGCCCUCGUUGGCAAGAGCCCUAGGGCGAAAGAAACUAGUAUGAUGUGGCUGGUAAAGAUGACAAAGGAACGUGGGGUUCUUUUCCGUGCUCAUGUUCCUAGCCUCGUGGUUGGCCUUGAGGAUGCAGACAGCUCUGUCAGAGAGACGGCCAAGGCUGCCGUGAUCGAGUUAUUUCAAAACGCCCCUCCACGAGCUAUAUCGGACCUAAAGAAACAGAUUCAGUCUCAUAAUGUCAGGAGGUCUAUCGCUUUAUCAAUAUUUGCGGCCCUUGGCAUCAAUUCUGUACCCGAUGCAGACCUCCCCUCCUCCCACUCUGGCAUGCCUGCCCGGCCAGGAAGCAGCUUCUCUCACCGUCGAGAAGAACCAGCACGGCCAAACUCAGUUCUUUCGACACGCUCGCAUCAUCAUCAAGAUGGAAGUAGCCGAAACGAUGACUCCCAUUAUGCUCCAUCCAGGCCUCCUAGAGGCGACCCGCCCAGAAAAGAUGCACUAUCGCACGCUCCUAGUGUUGAAUCCUUAUCCGCAGCCAGCAUUGAGCAUGAGGUUCCCAUUUCUCUUGACCCUAUUACCAUAUAUUCGAAUAGGGAAAUCGACGAGAUGUUUCGUGAUAUGAUACCCCAUUUUGAGGGCAAAGAAACUGAGCACAACUGGCUACACCGUGAAAGGAGUGUCCACACCUUACGGAGGUUGACCAAAGGAAAUGCACCUCAAGAUUACCAAGCUCACUAUUUGGCAGGCAUAAAACAGCUACUCGAUGGCAUUCUCAAAGCAGUCAAUUCCCUCCGUACUACUCUAUCAGCUGCAGGCUGCUCUCUCCUUCAAGAUAUUGCUCGAGUAAACGGCCCGGCCAUAGAACCAAUGGUGGAGAUUCUGCUUCAAAAUCUUAUCAAACUGUGCGGUGCUGUUAAAAAGAUAACCUCCCAAAGCGGGAAUAUAACUGUUGAUACCAUCAUUGGCAACAUCUCUUACUCUACUCGCCUCCUUCAGCAUAUGUGGGCUGCAUGCCAGGACAAAAAUACUCAGCCGAGGCUUUUUGCUACUAGAUGGCUCAAAACGCUCAUGAACCGGCAUGCUAAAUAUAAGAAUACUAUUGAGCAUAGCGGUGGUGUGGAUAUUAUUGAAAAAUGUAUCAAGAAGGGCUUGGCCGAUGCUAAUCCGGGAGUUCGAGAAAACAUGCGUGGAACUUACUGGACCUUCGCAAGUAUAUGGCCAGAUAGGGCUAGAAGUAUUAUUUCCGAGUUGGAUACCAAGUCAAGAGCACUCCUCGAAAAGGAUGCUGGGAACCCUAACGCAGCUGCUCACACCACAGCUACUUCGGCUUCCCGCAGUGGGCAGUCUUAUAGCUCUUCCUCAAUGAGGAUGACUUUGAAAGAAACCAUUGCUGCUCAAAAGAAGGCUCGGCUAGCUGCAGCAAAGAACCUCCCUCCGCGCCCAGAGUCUGCUCAAUCUGCGUUCGCGGAGCCAAAGUUGGCAAGGCCCAACUUACAAAGACAGCCGGCAUCCUCUGCAUCUAUUCGCAAUGUACCUACUGGAACACAACCUUCAUCGUCAUCGUCAUCAUCUGCCCAAGGAGGCUCGCUUUCGUCUGCCCCAAUGCGGCCCGGGAUGCGCUCUCGCAGACCGGAGCUGCCGAGGCCUGCAACGGCGGACCCUUAUUCCCGAAGAAAUGCCCCCCUCAGUGCUCAAUCUCAGGUAUUAAGUCCCACCAAUAGCCCACAAAGGUUUUCUCCAAAGACAGCUCCGGCUCCCCGCACAAGGAACCCUCCGGCAAGGCCAAAGUCUAGGAUGGAAGGUGUAACAACAAAUACUCUUCAAAGGAAAGCGGCAGCAUCCGAGCCCCCGAUGGCUCAGCCGCUUGAACCGGAAACUACCAAUUUGAUUGAUCCAGAGCCGGAGAAGGAGCAGCAAAUUGUACCUGAACCAGAACCUGAACCUGAGGCAGCCAUCCCAGUCUCUCGGACACUCGAUGAAGAUAUUUUGAGCCCGACCAAAGCACACGAAGACUUUACCAUUGUCUUGCCUGAUAUCAAUGACCCAAUACAAGUAGAAGCUCCUCAGACUCCAGUUCAACCUUCAGUGGUGACAUCACUAGAAUCAGUGGAUAGAAGCCCAAUGGAAGCGCCAGCAGAAGCUUCCAUCGAAACACCAGUUGAAGUACCAGGGGAAGUAUCUAUUGAACCCCAGCAUGAAGAAUCAACCGAAGCGCCAGUGGAAGCACCCGCAUCGACUAUUGAAGCAGCAGUUGAGCCAGCUGAGGUAUUGGAUGAAACCCCAGCUGAAACCCUAGUUGAAACCCCGGUGGCCACGCAAGCCGACAUUCCUGUUGAGCCUCCGGUUGAAGCUCCAAAUGAUAACCAAACCGCUAGUGAUUUGGCUGACCUUCCGAAUGUCAAUGCCGACCCCACAGAGUCGUCCCGCAUUGAAGGCACGCCUCAAGCACCGCCAGAUCCUCACAAGGACGCAGUUAUCACUGGCGGUCAAAUAACUCCUCCUAGACAACUCGUACUCGGCACAACUCCUCUAUCUAAAAUCCCUACUUCUCCUAAAUUCCGCCAACACAGCAGGGAAAUUGUUCUCUCUAGCCCCCUACGCACUCCUCCAAAGAGCCAUGUUCGACCCUCAGAACCAGAAAGCUCCUCCAUUAUUAAACUCUCACCACCAUCAACCGCUGCUGAAUCCAACGGAGCAACGGCCCUCAAAGUCUAUGAGGAUCCUCAGUCUCCGACCUCAAAGGCUUCUACUUCUUCCCCUACAACGCCUCACACAAACCGACUAAUUUCAAAAACCAAACCUCUUGAGGCCCGACCACUCAAUGAACCCUCAAGCACCAAUCGCAAAUACAACCAGGAUGCCCAGAGUAUUUCUCCACUUUCAUAUUCACCUCCGGCCUCUGCCUCAAAUGAGAACUCCCAUCGACGAUGGAAGAAGGCUGAAAUAUCAGAAAAGCGAAGAAGCCUCAGCCCUCAUUCUAAGGAUCCUAAUCGGGCACGAGAUAUGGUCGAUAGAGGGCUUAUGAGAAUUCGAACCUCGGCUCUAGAUGUCCAUGGGUAUAGAAAAUUCCAAAGCCUUAUCCGUUACCAUGACUCUAUCUUAAAUGAUGAAGCAAAGUAUUCUCAAAUCUUGCUUGCUUUGUUCGAUGCGUUAGAAUCACCGGAUGAAAACAGAGUAUCGAGUACAAGCCGAUCCUUUGACCUCAAAACGCAAAUUCUCUUCACUAUACGGCUCAUGCUAUCGCAAAACCGGGAAUAUUUCUCCAAGUUUUACUCGAGAGCAAUGGUAUCAAUCAUCCGGACAAGGAAACAUUAUGAAAUCACGAAUCACAUUGUUUCUGGCCUUGAAGAGACCUCCGAAGAUAUCGUUAGUGCCUGCAACCCUCAAGAGGUAGUGGACGAUAUUCUUCAACUUCUGGAAACAGAAGAUAAGUCAAUAGAAGCAAGCCGGAUGGUAUCCAUGGGCACAUAUGUCCUUUGUGGACUCCUUCACCGCUUGAAUGAAAAGAAGCUCUACUUCGAUGAUUCCGAACUCCAACGGCUAGGCAAGUUUGCCAGCGAAAAUCUCAGAAAUCCUCAGCCUGACGUCCGCCGCGCAGUCAUGGACUUCUGCCUAGAACUACACGAGAUGGUAAAGCCUGAAGAGAAGUUCUGGUCCAUUGUUAACUCUCCCGGAGAAGACGUUCGGCCACUCCUGACAUACUAUAUCGUGAGGAAACCUAAGGCUUAA